UUACAGAUAAAAAAAAAAAACUCUGAAGCGACUCUAGACUUCCCGUAGAUUAUAAAAUUUUUACUUCAGUUCAAUUUUGACCGAGAAGAAGGAGAAAUCGACUGAAAGAAAUAAUUUCUUAACAAGAAUAAUGCCUAACAUUAUUAAUGACAUAAAAUUAGAUUUUAAGGACGUUUUACUUCGUCCUAAAAGAAGUACAUUAAAAAGCAGAUCAGAUGUGGAUUUACAUCGAGAAAUAACGUUUCGUAAUUCAAAACAAACAUAUAAUGGAAUACCCGUGAUGGCAUCUAAUAUGGAUACGGUUGGAACUUUUGAAAUGGCCAAAGUUUUGGCAAAGCACGGGCUUUUCACAACUUUGCAUAAAUAUUACACGGGAGAAGAAUGGAAAGAAUUUGCGGAUAAAUAUCCCGAUUGUAUUAAAUAUACUGCCGCCAGUUCAGGAAUUGGUAAUGAAGACUUUGAUCGUUUGACUAGUGUUUUAGAUGCAGUACCAGAAAUUGCAUUUAUAUGCAUUGAUGUCGCAAACGGUUAUUCACAACAUUUCGUUGAAUAUGUGAAGAAAAUAAGGGCUAAAUUUCCCAAUCACACUAUAAUAGCCGGAAAUGUUGUUACGGGCGAAAUGGUCGAAGAAUUAAUUCUUUCAGGGGCAGAUGUGAUUAAAGUUGGCAUUGGUCCUGGAUCUGUUUGCACGACUCGAAUGAAAACUGGCGUUGGAUAUCCACAAUUAAGUGCAGUGAUUGAAUGCGCCGAUGCCGCUCAUGGCUUGAAAGGUCACAUUAUUUCAGAUGGAGGCUGUAUAUGCCCUGGUGAUUUAGCAAAAGCAUUUGGUGCUGGAGCAGAUUUUGUUAUGGCUGGUGGUAUGUUCGCUGGACAUGAUGAAUGUGGCGGUGAAAUAAUAGAAAAAGAUGGCCAAAAAAUUAAACUUUUCUAUGGAAUGGCAUCAAAUACUGCAAUGAAAAAACACGCCGGAGGUGUUGCUGAUUACAGAUCAUCGGAAGGAAAAACAGUGGAAAUUCCUUAUAGAGGACCGGUUGAAAAUACAAUAUUGGAUAUGUUGGGAGGUUUACGUUCAGCAUGCACUUAUACGGGAGCCGAAAGACUUAGAGAAUUACCUCGACGUGCCACUUUCAUUCGAUGCACACAACAGAUUAAUAACAUAUAUGGACCUCCAAUGUGAAUCUAGUUUUUUUUUUUCAUUAUUUUUUGUUUGUUUUUUUAAACAAAUCGCUAAAUAAAUUAAGUAUUUUUAGAAAUUAAAUGAAAUGUUUAAAAAAAAAUCGUACUUGCUUGCAAUAUUAUGGUAUUUGUGAAUGAAUGCACGUGGAUAAAGUAAUCCAAAAAAAAAAAAAAAAAGAAA